CUACGAGGGCGUUGAACAGUCGAAGAGAGCAGACGCAGAUUCUGUUAUUAUUGUCGAGCAUCCAAACCCUACAAUUGAAAAAAAGUAUCCGCGUGUUUUGUAACAUUUCAGUGCAAUUCAGUACUUCAUUAAAGGCUUUUCUUCUUGAACUCGUCCUGUACGUUGCUCCAAUGUUUACUGGGACAUUGAAAGUGAAAUUGAUCGAGGCGGUUGAUCUGAAACUGACGGAUUUUCAGCUCCGUCACAAUGUUGGGUUGGUCGGAAAGCUGAUAAAAAACACCAUGGAUCCAUAUGUCUUUGUUGACAUUGAUGAGGUCCAUGUUCAUCGAACUACUACCAAACAGAAAACCUUUUGUCCCUCAUGGAAUGAGAUGUUUGAGUCAGAGGUUCAGUCGGGCACCAAUCUAGGCCUCACUGUUUUUCAUGAUGCUGCCAUACCACCUGAUGAUUUUGUAGCAAACUACAGCAUGUCCUUUGAUGAGCUAAUUGACAUUACCAAAGAUCAGAAUUCUGACAUUUGGGUAAAUCUAGAACCCCAAGGAAAGUUGCACGUAGUUGUUGACCUCAAGCAAGAUGUGUGUAACAGUAACAACGAGGAAACCAGCGAACUCAAGGAGCUUCAAGGUUCAAAUCGACGAAGUAGAGACAUGCGUCGCCGUGUUCAUCAAGUUAAUGGACAUAAAUUUAUGGCUACUCUUUUGCGGCAGCCAACUUUUUGUUCUCACUGUCAAAAGUUUAUCUGGGGAUUUGGCAAACAAGGAUACCAAUGCCAAGUUUGCACUCGGGUAGUGCACAAGCGCUGCCAUGAGCUUGUGGUCCCGCGCUGUCCAGGAAUCAAAGACGCUACUAGUGAAGAGUCGGCGACUGGUCAACGUUUCAGUUCGAACAUGUCACACCAUUUUGUUAAACAUACCUACUUUCGGUGCACUUACUGCAACCAUUGUGGUUCUUUAAUCUAUGGGUUGAUAAAACAAGGCCUCAAAUGUAAAGCAUGCAACAUGAAUGUCCACAAACGAUGUGAAAAAAAUGCAGCAAACAGCUGCCAUAUCAACACCAAUGUAAUCACAGAAACUCACUGAAAGAAAUACUCUUUAUUUCCUUGAACAUUUUAUAGUAAAAUAAAGACACAGAAAAAUUAUUGAAAUAAUUUUUUGUAACUUGGUUUAAAGGAGUUGCAUAUAAUAAACAUAUGACAUGCACAGCA